GGUAAUUAGUUGCCAAGUGUCAUUAAUUUACGGGUCCUUUUCGCUGCCCUAUCACAAUACGGCAUACGGGCUAUAAAAAGGGGGAAGCAUUUGCUACCUGGGAUGCGUCACUUGAUUAGUUGCGGCGCCGUGAGCGCGCGUCGUCACUUCCCACACCUGUUGAGGGCGGUGAGGGGUUUUGAUCGGGCUGGAAGUUGCUUCGCCUGAAUUGUUUGGCUGCAAUCGCCAACGCUAGAACGCGUGUAAGGACUGGAAAAGCUGCGAGAACCAGAUGCGGGUGCGCGACUGUUUGUUGGCUGUGCCGGCUGUUGACUGAAAUGUACGUGCUAUCUGCCUCUUAAGUGACUGAUUGAACCCCGAUUCCCUUCGGUGAGCAGUAGGUAGGUGUUUGCAUGUAGUUGCAAAUGGCUUAUAGCAGAUUUUGGACUUUAUCAUGACUAUUGAUUUAUUUGUUCAGGCUGGGUGGCACUCUGCGAGGGGAGCUCCGUCGGGCGCUCCGCAUCCGUGUGCGGCUACAGUGCUGUCCUGUUUCCCGUGUUUUUUUCUGUUUUCUUAGAUUUUGUCUUUUUGUUUUCUUAAUUGUUUAUCUUUGAGUUGUUCUGUUUUUGGUUUACACAAGGACUAUUUAACUUUAUUUUUUUUGUUGGUACAUUUAUCUUCGUUUGUUUGGGUUUUCAUUUUCUUUAUUGGAUAAAUCUAUAUAGUGCGGCUGGAUUUAUUUGUUUAUUUUUAUUAUUUUGACAUUCAUCCAGCAUGUUUUGAUUUUUCCUUACAUUUUUGUGUAAAUCUUUACUGUUGUAUUUUCAUUGUUUCAGUUAUUUUCUCUUUAAUUAAUUUGGUUUAAGAUUUAAUUGUUUCCUCCCUUUUAAGGUGGAAUUUAGUUGCUCUUUCUUUGUUUUCAUUUAUCAACUUCAUUACAUUUUGUAUUUUGUUUAUUUAAUCAUUUACUUGUGUAAACUGAUUUAUUCUUUUGUUUAAUUGCAGGGCAGUGGUCCGACUUUUCGGCUGGUGACAGAGCCAGAGCUCCCUGGGGUGGAAGGCUAAUUUUAUUGAACAUUUUAGAAUUUCUCACAGUGUGUAGUGAUCACUGUGUGCUGGUUUGUGCGUGUGGGUGCUAUCUUUACACAGUGGAUUGCAGUGGUUUUCACUUGCCUGAAGUAUAGCCUGGCCACUUUCCCUAACGCUGGCGAGCUCUGGCCCUGGAGCACCUUCAUAAAAUUUACAAACUGUCAGUGUCAAUGUCAACAUAUUGGUUUUAAUGCUGUUUUUAUUUGAGAUUUGAAAAUAAAGAAAUCCUAUUUUUGUACCGUGCCAAUGUCUCUGACUGCAAUUUGGUGGAACGAACUUGUGCGUGCCUUUUAUAUGGGUGGUGCGUGUAUUUAAAUUCUUUGGGUGAAAUUCCCAAGGUGGCGUAGUCGGGUAAAUCAUUAAUAUUGUCAGAUUGGAGGUCUAGCUCCAUCAGCCCACCUGCCCCCCCCCGCCACAUCUUGGCGUAGUCGGCAGGGUCCACCAUAAUUUAGCGUCAGAGACAUUGGUGUUUUUUUUCUUUUCUUUCAGUUUUUUUUUCAGCUUCUUUUUGGGAAACAGGACGGCAGUUUGUGGUCUUUUGUAGCCUCGUUUAGUGGUUCCCUCCUUCCUGGGUAAGUGUAUUUUCCUCUCCUUAUAAUAAUGGAUGAAGAACUACAAGAAUUGCGAGAUUUGGUUGUUCAAUUAAGAGCUGAUAACGCGCGACUGCAACAGGCUCAGGCACCGGUUGGGUUGCCUGUCCCUGAUGCUGCCCUCCCUAGCACCUCUGCGGUUCCGCCUGUUACGCCGCCGCCAUCUGGCGUUACACCAGAGCGGUUUAUUUUUGUGCCACGAGAUCGGCGGUGCCCGAAGUUUAAUGGUAAAUCGGGUUUGACUAUUGACGAAUGGGUUGAGGAGGCACAGGCAUGCAUGAGGUUGCGCUAUAUGUCAGUAGCUGAUAAAGCUUUCUUUUUAAUUGAUCAUUUAGAAGGAGAGGCCAGAGAGGAGAUCAGAUAUCGUUCUGAUUUAGAACGUGGGGACCCCAACCGAAUUAUUCAGGCAUUGCGUGACGUCUAUGGUUGCUCUCAGUCAUAUGUAGCCUUGCAAGAAGCCUUCUUCUCAAGGAAGCAACUCGAGGGUGAGACUCUUUUAGAGUUUUCUCUUGCACUCAUGGGCUUAUUAGAAAGGGUUAAAAAUAGAGCGCCACACGUUUUCCCCAAUGCAGAAAUUUUGUUGCGUGACCAAUUUGUGGAGCAUGUCACAGAUAGUGCCCUGAGACGCGAGUUGAAACAGAUGGUUCGUCGCCAGCCUACUGCCACCUUAUUAGAGGUCCGUAGUGAGGCAAUUAGAUGGGAACAAGAGGGGAUGCCCGGGGGAGCAAGGGGACGUAGUCAGUCGGUCCCGUUAACUUAUGGUAUCCAAUAUGGGGUACGCAGUGAAACACCUUUGGGGGUAGUUAGAUCAUCACAACAGUCAGAGUUGGGUGAACUAAGGGAAAUGCUGCGGCAACAACAACAGCAGUUAAACCAGUUAACUCAAACAUUUGCACGAUUUCAAACGUCACAUGCUCAGAGUAAUUCCUCUCGAUCAGGUCCAAUUGUUUGUAGGCGGUGUCAACAGCCAGGUCACUUUGCCCGUGAUUGUAGGGGGCAAAGGAGUUUCCCACGCCCUCCUCAGGCUGCAUCUGGUUUUGUUACAGCUGAGAAUAGACGACAGCGCUCGCCCCAACCGUCGGGAAACUAGCCCCCACCAGGCUGCGGAGUCACAGCCUGGGUGGGGAAGGUAUUGACUCAAGUAAGAUUCUUGCACACCACUCAGUUUCUAAAUUGAUUUCUCCUUGCCCACAUGUGACCGCUCUCAUAGGGGGUGUUGCAGUGCCCUGUUUGGUUGACACCGGCUCGAUGGUGUCAACAAUUACAGAGGGUUGUUUUCGGCAACAUUUUGAGCCAUGGGGCCUGGACCGCCUUCAAAGUUGUCAGUGGUUGCAGUUACGAGCAGCUAAUGGGCUCACUAUUCCAUAUGUGGGCUACUUUGAGUUAGAUGUAAAACUUUGUGGCAAGUUGGUUACUGGGUGCGGCCUUCUGGUGGUUCGGGACCCUCCAGAUGGUAUGAGUCUGGAAGUUCCUGGGGUACUGGGGAUGAACAUCCUCUCCCGGUGCUACCAGGAACUGUUUGGACAGCAUGGUAAUGCUCUGUUUAACCUACCUGUACUAACACAAUUGCCUAGUGUGUCGAGCGCCUUACAGUACUGUCAUCAAGUAAGUGCUAGGAAACCUUCUGAUCAUGUGGGGUGCGUGCGGGUUCGUGGGCGUAGAGUGUGUCGCAUCCCGGGUGGCACAAUGAAGUUAGUGGCUGCAACCUGUUCGGCCCACUAUUUUGGCCAUGUCGUUUUGUUUGAGCCCCCAGAGUCUGGUCUUCCUGCUGGACUUUUGGCAUCACCAGCUUUGGUAAGCGUAAAUCGGGGAACAGUCUAUGUACCAAUAGUAAAUGUUGGUGCAGUGGAGGUAGUGCUUUGUCCUGCAACAAUGAUGGGUAAUUUGAAAGAGGUCUAUAUAGUUAGUCUGCCAGCUGGGGUUAGUGAAGAAAAACCAGUGGCUGCUAUGAUUCAAUCUCAUAGUGUGGUUGGGAGUCCUUCUUUUUUUCAACAGAUUGAGUCACUUGAUCUAUCUGUUCUGUCUCCACCUGAGCAGGGUCAGGUUCGGGCUCUUCUGCAGAAGUACCAAGCUGUGUUUUCGGAUCAUGAGAGUGAUCUGGGUUGUACCAGUCUUAUCUCCCAUGACAUACCGCUGUUGGAUGAUGCUCCAGUGCGCCAACGCUAUCGGCGAAUACCACCAUCUGAGUAUGAGGUAGUAAAAACCCAUAUUAAUCAGUUGUUAGAGGCUGGAAUAGUUAGGGAGAGUUGCAGUCCUUAUGCGUCCCCGAUAGUCUUGGUAAAGAAGAAGGACGGUGGCCUGCGCAUGUGUGUAGACUACCGUCAUUUGAAUGCCAAGACUAGGAGGGAUGCAUUCCCUCUGCCUCGCAUUGAGGAGUCCUUGGACUCCUUAUCUGGUGCUCGCUGGUUCUCUACGUUGGAUUUGGCCAGCGGGUAUUUGCAAGUUCCAGUUUCUGAGCAGGAUAAGCCGAAAACUGCGUUCUGUACACCGUUUGGAUUGUUUGAAUGGAACCGUAUGCCCUUUGGCCUUUGUAAUGCUCCAAGUACAUUCCAAAGGUUGAUGGAGCGGUUAUUCGGGGACCAGCGGUGUCAGUCCCUGCUUUUGUAUCUUGAUGAUGUUGUGGUGUUUUCUUCCUCCAUAGACCAACAUUUGGAGAGGCUGGAGAUGGUACUAGGUCGUCUAGAGAAGGAAGGGCUCAAGGCCAAGCUGGAGAAAUGUGCUUUCUUCCGGCGUGAAGUAAAGUACUUGGGUCACGUUAUAUCUGCUCAGGGGGUAGCAACUGAUCCAGGUAAAAUAGAGGCGGUCACGCAUUGGCGCUGCCCGGGGACCGUGUCCGAGCUACGAACAUUUCUUGGCUUUGCGAGCUAUUAUAGGCGUUUUGUGGAAGGGUUUGCUAAGCUGGCCGCCCCCCUCCACCGAUUAGUGGCAGAAGUUGGAGGGAGUAAGUCAGGUAAGCAUAGAAAACAGAGUUUGACUCAUGUAUGGACCGAGCAGUGUCAGAUGGCUUUUGAGGCCCUAAAGAGGAAGUUAACAUCCGCCCCAAUAUUAGCUUAUGCAGACUUCUCAAAGCCUUUCAUCCUGGAGGUAGAUGCCAGUUAUGGAGGUUUGGGGGCAGUUUUGUCCCAAGACUUCGAAGGGAAGGUUCGACCCAUCGCCUAUGCCAGUCGUGGUCUCAGGCCCUCAGAGCGAAAUAUGACUAAUUAUAGCUCAAUGAAACUAGAGUUUCUCGCCCUUAAAUGGGCUAUGGUUGAAAAGUUUCGUGAGUAUCUUUUGGGGCACAAGUGUAUUGUGUUUACAGACAAUAAUCCUCUGAGUCACUUGGCUACAGCAAAACUUGGAGCCACAGAGCAACGUUGGGCCGCUGAGUUAGCCGCAUUCGAUUUUGAGGUCAAGUACAGGGCAGGAAAGAGUAAUGGAAAUGCUGACGCGCUCUCCCGCCAGAAUUUGGUUGACAAGAGUGUAGUUGGGGAGUUAGCAGUUAGCUCUAAGAUUCCCGAAGCCUUGCAGCAGGCCAUUAGUAAGGGCUGUCCGGUCCAAGCAGAUAUGCGGACUAUAAGCACAUUGCCGGGCUACUCUGUCCCUGACCUUCGCUGUAUGCAAGAGGCUGAUCCUGUUAUUGGACCAGUAAUAAGGUUCUGGGAGCAGGGCCAACGUCCAGGAUUAGAGGAGCGGAAACUUCUAACCAAACCGGUCUUGACCCUACUCCAGCAGUGGAAUAGGUUUGAGGAGAGGGAAGGAGUUUUGUACCGCAAGAUAUUCCGUCCUGAUGGAGGGGAAGUAUGUCAUCAGCUUGUGUUACCUGAUGUUUUGAAGGAAGAGGUCUGGAUACAGCUGCACCAACAGCAUGGCCAUCAAGGAGUAGAACGCACCAGUGAGUUAAUCCGACAGCGUUGUUAUUGGCCUAAUAUGUUGGCUGAUGUUACCCGGUGGUGCCACGAGUGUGAACGCUGUCAACUUGCCAAAGACACUGGGCCGGUGGCACGGGCAUUCAUGGGCCACCUGCUGGCCUCAAAGCCUAAUGAAAUUCUUGCAAUCGACUUUACCAUGCUCGAGCCUUCAUAUUGUGGGAAGGAGAACGUGUUAGUGAUGACCGAUGUGUUUAGUAAGUUCUCUAUGGCAGUGUCCACUCGUGACCAAAGAGCAGAGACUGUGGCCAAGGUUCUAGUUGAGGAAUGGUUUUACAAGUAUGGGGUUCCUGGACGUAUCCAUUCAGAUCAGGGCCGCAACUUUGAAUCCACUCUUAUACGGCAGCUUUGUGAGCUGUACCAGGUAAAGAAAUCCCGUACCACCCCAUACCAUCCAGCUGGCAAUGGGCAAUGUGAGAGAUUCAAUCGCACAUUACAUAACUUGUUGCGAACCUUGCCAGACUCUAGAAAAAGGGACUGGGUGUCUUGUCUGUCACAGGUGAUAUUUUGCUAUAACACCACCCCUAACCAAGUGACAGGAGAGUCUCCACAUUACCUCAUGUUCGGUCAAGAGCCCCGGCUGCCAGUAGAUUUCUUGCUGGGCCAGGUACCAGAACCCACUGUAGGUAGUGUACAUCACUGGGUCUUGGAACAUCGUAGGCGGUUGCAGGUUGCCUUUGAGGGAGCACAGGGACGAUUGAAGGCUGCAGCAGCCAGGCGGAAAAACCUGCAUGACCAGCAUGUUCGAGAUCAACCCCUGGUGGAAGGUCAGUUAGUUUAUCUAAGGGACCACGCAGUAAGGGGACGCCACAAAAUUAAAGACUUGUGGAGUUCUGUUGUCUAUCGGGUCGUCCACUCCGCUGAGGAAGGAGGGGCGGUAUAUGCCAUUGCACCAGUUACAAGCCCAGGUAAGAUGAGGCGAGUACAUCGGUCACAGUUGAAGGCCUGUGUUCCGAGAGGAAAGGUCUGUAGUGACCAGCCGAAAGGUGUUGUGGAGAUUCAAGAGGACCCUCAGGAGGAUGCUCAGGAGUUGGAUUUAGAGGCUGUCGAUUUGGCGGUGAUGGUGCCAGUGGUCCCUCAGGCCACUCAAGGGGUGGGACCUCGAGAUGGCUUGCACCCGAUGCAGUCUAGGGUUCAGGAAGAUUUGCCCGGGGACCUCUCUCCUGUAAGGGCCAUUGUGGUUGAACCACAAGGACCAGGGGUAGAACCUGUAGCAAGGGAAAGGGAAGUACUUACCGAGCCUCCUAACGAUAGUGUGGUCCCUCCUCGUCGUUCAGCCCGAGUUGGGGCAGGACAGCAUACGAACUUGCAUCAUCUUCCCCGAGGUGUAGGAGAGGUGAGAAGCGGACCUAUGAAUCAUGAAGUUGUGUCUAAUAACAUUUCGGUGUUGUUUAGGCCUUGGAGUUAGUAUGGUGGGCUAGUGUUUAAUUUGCUGAUUUCUGGUCCAUCGUCGGGGCGCCGAUGCAAAAGGUGGGGGUAGAUUGUGGCAGGAGAGGUAAUUAGUUGCCAAGUGUCAUUAAUUUACGGGUCCUUUUCGCUGCCCUAUCACAAUACGGCAUACGGGCUAUAAAAAGGGGGAAGCAUUUGCUACCUGGGAUGCGUCACUUGAUUAGUUGCGGCGCCGUGAGCGCGCGUCGUCACUUCCCACACCUGUUGAGGGCGGUGAGGGGUUUUGAUCGGGCUGGAAGUUGCUUCGCCUGAAUUGUUUGGCUGCAAUCGCCAACGCUAGAACGCGUGUAAGGACUGGAAAAGCUGCGAGAACCAGAUGCGGGUGCGCGACUGUUUGUUGGCUGUGCCGGCUGUUGACUGAAAUGUACGUGCUAUCUGCCUCUUAAGUGACUGAUUGAACCCCGAUUCCCUUCGGUGAGCAGUAGGUAGGUGUUUGCAUGUAGUUGCAAAUGGCUUAUAGCAGAUUUUGGACUUUAUCAUGACUAUUGAUUUAUUUGUUCAGGCUGGGUGGCACUCUGCGAGGGGAGCUCCGUCGGGCGCUCCGCAUCCGUGUGCGGCUACAGUGCUGUCCUGUUUCCCGUGUUUUUUUCUGUUUUCUUAGAUUUUGUCUUUUUGUUUUCUUAAUUGUUUAUCUUUGAGUUGUUCUGUUUUUGGUUUACACAAGGACUAUUUAACUUUAUUUUUUUUGUUGGUACAUUUAUCUUCGUUUGUUUGGGUUUUCAUUUUCUUUAUUGGAUAAAUCUAUAUAGUGCGGCUGGAUUUAUUUGUUUAUUUUUAUUAUUUUGACAUUCAUCCAGCAUGUUUUGAUUUUUCCUUACAUUUUUGUGUAAAUCUUUACUGUUGUAUUUUCAUUGUUUCAGUUAUUUUCUCUUUAAUUAAUUUGGUUUAAGAUUUAAUUGUUUCCUCCCUUUUAAGGUGGAAUUUAGUUGCUCUUUCUUUGUUUUCAUUUAUCAACUUCAUUACAUUUUGUAUUUUGUUUAUUUAAUCAUUUACUUGUGUAAACUGAUUUAUUCUUUUGUUUAAUUGCAGGGCAGUGGUCCGACUUUUCGGCUGGUGACAGAGCCAGAGCUCCCUGGGGUGGAAGGCUAAUUUUAUUGAACAUUUUAGAAUUUCUCACAGUGUGUAGUGAUCACUGUGUGCUGGUUUGUGCGUGUGGGUGCUAUCUUUACACAGUGGAUUGCAGUGGUUUUCACUUGCCUGAAGUAUAGCCUGGCCACUUUCCCUAACGCUGGCGAGCUCUGGCCCUGGAGCACCUUCAUAAAAUUUACAAACUGUCAGUGUCAAUGUCAACAUAUUGGUUUUAAUGCUGUUUUUAUUUGAGAUUUGAAAAUAAAGAAAUCCUAUUUUUGUACCGUG